AUUUGUAGCUCCGUUUGGCGCGCAAAAAGUGUAACUGUAAUGUGUGCCGGAUUUUGUGUGAAUACGAACUGACGAACCAGCACAACCCAUGACCGUGAAACCGACGCCGGCUCGGCCGGCUGCCCAUUUUUCGCAUCAUUCUGCACGCCGGGCUUCGAUGGAUCGAUCGAUUCAGUCGGCUUCUCGAUCUCGAUCGAGCUUUGUGAUUCUUUCGCUGCUGGCUGCUUGUGCCUUUCUGUUCUGCGUGUCCCUGUGCCUGCUGGCAGCACUGGUGAUGGUAGGGCGUAGCCUGUCGGCGCAUCGACCGUUAGGCAGCGCCGAUUUGACAGCAGCCGUCAGGGAUGAAGCGUCAGCGUCGAAUGAUAAUCAUUUACGGCCCGAGGAGCCGGUUCCGCCGUAUAAUCGGAGUGCUAUUUUCCUACCAAAUUCAGUGUUCUACUCCGAGAUUCCGGCCGAUUCGAUGAACCGGGUGUUCAAGAUGGGCACGCAAGUGGCACAAAAGUUGGGUUUCCGUCUGCCGCGCCACAUACGGCCGGUUCACUACGAGCUGCGAUUGCACGCCGAUCUGGCGAACGAAACAUUCAGCGGUUCCGUGGGCAUUGAGCUCAACAUUACGGACACGACAAACUAUAUCGUGCUGCACGGCAAGCGGCUUGCGAUCACCGAGACGGUGCUUCGGGCCAAAGAGGCACCGGCCGCGGACCGUGGGCGAGAGAUCAACAUUCUCCGGACGUACGAGGUGCCGGAGCAUGAGUAUUGGGUUAUAGAAACGCAGGCCGACAUUGCAGCCGGUGGCUAUCAGCUGAGCCUACAAUUUACCGGCAGCCUUGCGGAUCGCAUUAUUGGAUUCUACAGCAGCAAGUACCGCGAUAAGUCCACGAACACCACGAGAAAAAUUGCAACAUCUAAGUUUGAACCAACUUUUGCGCGCCAGGCAUUCCCGUGUUUCGACGAACCCGAACUGAAGGCGGAGUAUACGAUCCAUCUCGUGCAUCCGGACGGCGACGGUUAUGAAGCACUUUCGAAUAUGAACGUUAAGGAAACGGUAACGGGGACACCUUCGGCCGGCCUGGCGACGACCACCUUCGAACGGAGCGUCAGUAUGAGCACGUAUCUGGUGGUGUUUAUCGUGAGCGAUUUCCUGCAUAAAGAAGCCACCGUGGUCCCUAAGCACGGAACGUCCUUCCCGUUGCGUGUAUACGCGACUCGGUAUCAGCAGGAUAACGUACAGCUUGCGCUGAGCACGGCCGUCAAAAUCAUCGAGCAUUACGUGGAAUACUUUGGCAUUGAAUAUCCGCUACCUAAGCUGGACAUGGCAGCGAUUCCUGACUUUGUCUCGGGUGCCAUGGAAACGUGGGGCCUGGUGACAUACCGGGAAACGUCCAUCCUGUACAACGAGGCCACGGGUAGUACGGCAAACAAGCAGCGCGUCGUGGGUGUGAUCGCCCACGAGCUGGCUCACAUGUGGUUCGGCAAUCUGGUCACGAUGAAGUGGUGGAACGAGCUGUGGUUAAACGAAGGAUUCGCCAGCUACAUCGAGUACAAGGGAAUGCAUGAGGCGUUCCCGGAGUGGGGCAUCAAGGAGCAGUUUAUCAUCGACGAUCUGCAUGCCGUGAUGACGUUGGAUGCUACGCUCGCCUCGCACCCGAUUGUCGUGUCGGUCGAGACCCCGAACCAGAUAACGGAAAUUUUCGACACAAUCACCUACUCGAAGGGGGCCUCGGUUAUACGGAUGUUGGAGGAUUUUGUGUCGCCUGUCAUAUUCCAACAGGGCGUCACGAACUACUUGAACAAUCACAAGUUCGGUAGCGGCGUCUCGGAGGAUCUGAUGCGCGAGCUGGACGACCUGGUGACGGAAGUGAGCGUCUCGGAAGUGAUGGACACGUUCACGAAGCAGAAAGGUUUACCGGUGGUGACGGUCGAGCGUAACGCUCUCCAGUACAUUCUACGUCAGCAAAGAUUCCUCGCAGAUCAGGAUGCGGCCAGCCAGGAAACGGAGGAGUCACCGUACGGAUACCGCUGGUACAUACCGCUAACGUACAUCAGUUCGAAUGAUGACACCGCCGUGCAGCGCUUGUGGUUCAAACCGACUGAUGAGCUUGUGCGUAUCGAUGUUGCGGCCGUCGGAGGAUCGACCGGUUGGAUUAAGCUAAACUACCAGCAGACGGGCUACUAUCGCGUGAACUAUCCGGUAGAGAUGUGGCAACAGUUCAGCAACGAGCUGAUUGCAGAUGUGAACAAGUUCACCAUCGGCGAUCGUACGGGAUUGUUAAAUGAUGCGUUUGCCCUGGCCGACGCAUCGUUGCUAAAGUAUAACUACGCCCUAGAUAUGACGCGCUAUUUGCAAGCCGAAUCAGAGUACGUGCCUUGGUCAGCCAUUGCCAGCAAGCUGAAAACGAUUCGUUAUUUAGUGUACAACAGCAAUGCGUACGAUGAUAUUACGAAAUACACACAACAACUCGUCUCCAGUGCUAUUACGUCCGUCGGUUGGCUGGUUCCACCGAACAGUGAACACAUGCAAAAUCUUCUCCGAACCACCAUUCUGGAUCUGGCCUGUUCGUUCGAACAUUCGGAAUGUCUAGCAGAAGCUGGUAAACAGUUCAAACUGUGGCUAACGGACGAGGAUACCAUUCACCCCGAUAUUCGCUCGGUUGUGUAUACGUACGGUAUGCAGUCCGGUGUGAGCGUUGCCGACUGGGAGCGGGUGCUGGAACGCUUCAAGCAGGAAAAUGAUGCGAACGAAAAGACGAAACUGAUGACGGCACUUGCAUCGUACCCGGAUCAGCGGGUGAUGCGUCGGCUGCUGGACCUGUCUUGGGACACCACGGUCGUGCGCACGCAGGAUCAGCUGAGCUGCAUUCAGAGCAUCGCCGCCAAUCGGCACGGCGAGCAGGCUGCUUGGGAGCAUGUGCGAGAAAACUGGGAGCGGCUGGUCGACCGGUUCACCAUCGGGGAACGCAAUCUCGGUCGGAUGAUACCCUCGAUUACGGGGCGCUUUACAACGCAGGCUCGGCUGAUGGAGCUGCAGGACUUUUUCGCUCGCUACCCGGAAGCAGGCGCCGGUGAAUCGGCCCGCCGACAGGCGCUGGAAAACAUACAGAACAACAUUAGCUGGCUGAAGCGUAACGAAGCGGAUGUGGCUACCUGGUUGAAGGAGGUGCUCGAACUCGAGCGAACGGCCGUUAAUCCGUAGCCGCGCCUUUGCUUAACAGAGAGCUUUUAUAGUUUUUAUUUCCUUUCCCUUACUCAGCCUUGUGUACUAAGAGAUAAAAUUGCAGGUACGCAUUCGG